AUGGGAAUCAUGGAAUCCGGAUUCACUUACGCGAACGGCAGCAAAGACACCGACCAAAUCAAACGUUAUCUAUGUCGCUAUCAGUGUUUAUUACCAAGUGGUUUGUUCAUUGUUAGCUUGAUGUCAUUUCCUCCAAGAAAAAACACGAGAGCAUGGCAGUGUGGCGGAAGCAGUAAACAGCAAGGCCUCAGCAGCUCACUUCUAACAAGCAACACCAAGUGCCGCAAGGAUACCACCAACGCUUCAACAGCAACAACCGCAACCUCUGCCCCAACCUCUCUGAUGGCUGCCUCCAACCAAAACAACUGCCCCCCUGUUCUUUCCGAAUUCCUGUGGCAUCAGGAUACCUCUUUGUGCCUUCUGGCGAAAUGGAUCCCAUCCUCGAGCUCGUACUCGGACAUGGGCAGACCUGCACCUUCCGCAG